GUCUUAAUGACACAAUCGAAAUGUCCAAAUCAAAUCAAAAUUUCCAGUAACAAUUUUUAAAAAAGAAAACUAAAUUUUUGUAUUAAAAUGGCUCCCAAACACGAAGAGCCUUGUGAAAUAGCACACUGUUCCAGGUUUAUGGAUUCUUUAGUUACUUUCCUUAACGAGGCGGGAAUUUGUAUGUACCAAGUUAAGACAUGUUUUGGACUGACUCCCGGUUGUACUGCUGCUGUUAAAAUGAACGAUGAAGAGAAAGUUGAAAAGCUAAAUUCAAUAUUAAGUACAUUAAAGACUAAAUGUACAGAUGAACUCAAUAAAAGCCAUCAAGGUGGCAGGUGCGCUCCAACAUGUAGUACUUCUAUUAAUGCACAAAACACGUCAUCGGCCAAUCCCUCUUUUGCUCAGUCACCAUCUAGUCAUGCUUCAAAUUUUGGCGGAUUAUCUACUAUUGAAGGACCAAGUGGAUCUCCUUCAGGUUUUGGUGGAUUAUCUAGCAUUCAAGCAUCAAGACCACCACCCAGUGUGCCUCCUUUGCCCACCAGUGGAUACUUAAGAGGAAAUAUGCCGCAAACACCGUCAGUCCAAAAUUCCGUUAAUAGAAGACCUAUGACCCCAAUGAGCCCGCCUCAAGCACCCAGUUCGCCAGGACUAAAUCAGUCAAACGUUUCUGCUCCUCCUGCUCAGGGCAAAAAUGUUCUUAAUGUUGAUACCGAAAGCUGUGCAGAUGCGGAAGGAAAUUGCCCAAGUGCUACCCCAAAAAAAGCAAAUAAUCCACCAUCAGGAGAGCCACAAGUCCCAGUCCAAAGGCCAAAUCAGGAAUGCGAUCAAACUUGCUACGGUGUAGAACAUAGUGGAAUUAGCAAUGUUUCACCAAUUCGACCUACGAAUGCGACAGUGAGAUCACAUGGAAGACCAUCUCCAAACCAAAGCGCUCAUCAGAGUGCUUUUGGAUACGCUUCCCGUUUAGCGCAACCUCCAUCAAUGUCAGAGCGAUUUACAAGUGGAUAUCACAGUUUUCAAGCGUCCAAUGCAAGUGGUCGAUCAGCAACACCACAGGCUCGAUUUAAUCAAGAAUACUCUGACGAUUACGAAGACGAUGACUGUGAUUGCCCUGAAUCAUCUGCUGCGCCUAAUCCACCCCGUAGAUUUCCUGAACUACCAACAUUCCACGAGAGCUGGUCUAACGGCAAUUAUAGUGGUUAUCCAAGCUUAGGUUUCCGAAUUCCUGCUGUAAAUGAUCCUAGAACGCCUCCCGGUGGAAUUGGUCCAGCUAUAAUUGGACCUGAAUGGGGAUCAUUUUUUGAUAGUACUCGAAAUUCAAGUAAGAUGACUCCUAUUCCGUCAUAUUUGACCUGUCCUCCUGUAUGUGACGACACAUUUAUGAAUUCCAUAAUGGCAUCACGAGCAUCGCCGGGAAUGAACCGAUCUGCGGUACCUCGAAGCAGACCAGCUCCAAGACCUCCAAGUCGUGCUGGUGGAUGUGGUGUAGGGUGCCGACCUAUACAACCUCGUUAGUGCAAAAUUUUCAACUUAAGAAAAAAAGUAUAAGAAGUUUUAAAACAUUGUAAUAUUUAUAUUUUAUACGGUAUAAUAAAUAUAAUAUAUUGUGA